AUAAGAUUUGUCUAUAAAAUCGUAGGUCGUGUGCCUACAGGUUUUCAGUAGUUUGUUAGCAGCAAAAUGAAUACCUUAAACAGUGUGCGAUGCCGUGUGAUUGCCACAGGCUCUUUUCAAUCUCUGAGAUCAGCGUCAGCUUUGGCCCAGACUGAGGCCAGAGCCAAUGUAUCAGAGGAAUUGAAAGCAUUUAACGAGAUUCCACGUCCGAGUAAACUAAAGUUCAUGAGGGCCUUUAUGCCCGGUGGUGAAUUCUACGAUGCCUCCAUUACGGAAUAUACUACAACGAUGCGAAAGCGAUAUGGUGACAUCUUUAUAAUGCCGGGAAUGUUUGGUCGCAAGGAUUGGGUGACCACAUUUAAUACGAAGGAUAUAGAGAUGGUUUUCCGCAACGAGGGAAUUUGGCCACAUCGCGAUGGCUUGGACUCGAUUGUAUAUUUCCGUCAACAUGUUCGGCCCGAUGUUUAUGGAGAGGUGCAGGGUUUGGUGGCAGCACAAGAUGAAGCUUGGGGCAAGCUCCGAUCAGCUAUAAAUCCCAUCUUUAUGCAACCCAGAGGCUUAAGAAUGUAUUACGAACCUUUGUCGAACAUUAAUAACGAGUUUAUAGAAAGAAUCAAAGAAAUACGUGAUCCCAAAACCUUGGAAGUGCCGGAGAAUUUCAUGGAUGAAGUUACUCGAAUGAUUUUUGAGUCCUUGGCCCUAGUGGCCUUCGAUCGGCAAAUGGGUAUGAUCAGAAAGAACCGGGAUAAUCCCGAUGCCAUGACCCUUUUCCAGACCACAAGGGAUAUCUUCCGGUUGACCUUCAGCUUGGAUUUUCAACCUUCGAUGUGGAAGAUCAUCUCCACGCCCACAUACAGAAAAAUGAAGAGGACUUUGAAUGACAGUUUGGAUGUGGCCCAGAAAAUGCUCAGGGAAAACCAGGAGGAGCUGGAAAAGCGACGCAAGGCGGGUGAACAUAUCAAUAGUAACAGUAUGCUGGAACGAUUGAUGGAAAUCAAUCCCAAAAUAGCCGUGAUUAUGAGUUUGGACAUUUUAUUCGCUGGAGUGGAUGCCACUGCCACACUUCUCUCUGCCGUUCUGUUGUGCUUAUCCAAGCACCCGGAGAAGCAGCUGAAACUGCGGGAGGAGCUGCUGAGGAUUAUGCCCACGAAGGAUACUCUACUCAAUGAGGAGACCAUGAAGGAUAUGCCCUAUUUGAGGGCAGUGAUUAAGGAGACAUUACGCUACUAUCCCAAUGGCUUGGGAACCCUGAGAACCUGUCCAAAUGAUGUGGUGCUAUCGGGUUAUAAUGUGCCCAAGGGAACUACUAUCCUGAUGGGUGCCAAUGUCCUUAUGAAGGACCCCGCCUACUAUCCACGUCCCGAUGAAUUCCUGCCCGAACGCUGGCUAAGAGAUCCCGAGACUAACAAGAAGAUGCAGGUCAGUCCCUUCACCUAUCUGCCGUUUGGUUUUGGUCCUCGAAUGUGCAUUGGCAAAAGGGUCGUGGAUCUGGAGGUGGAGACCAGUGUGGCCAAGCUGAUCAGGAACUUUCAAGUGGAGUUCAAUAGGGAUGACAGCAGGCCCUUCAAGACGAUGUUUGUCAUGGAGCCGGCCAUAAACUUCCCCUUCAAGUUCACCGAUAUUGAACAGUAAAACCAAGGAGUAUAGAAUUAUAUAAAAGUCUUCGGUAAAACUCUGUAUAUUCUUUACGUUGUGUUGUGCAAUAAGUUCCUUAUAGCUGUAGUUUGACAUGUUGUCAAUAAUAACGUGUUUUUUAGAAAAUUGUCA